CUGGCUUUCCUCAGCAGUUACAACCUUCACACGUCCAGAGAAUCCUCUUGCAUUGCUUGCUACGCAACAUCAGAGCGCCUUUGAUCUGCUGAGACAGGUUCUUUUCAGCUGGGACUGUUUUACACAGGAGGAACAACAGACUGAUUGCCACAGUUUUGGCUGAGGGUGGCUGUGUGGUUGGUCUGUAUGUUCUUUAAGGAACGAGAAGUAGCUGUGUGGUCGGUUUGUAUGUUCUCUAAGGAACAGAAGAAUCAGCGUUUGAAAGUGGCGUAAUCGUGGAGAACGUAAGAGCAUGACAUGGACAGCACUGGGAGAAGUGUGUCGGUGCUGAGGCUCAGCUUUUUAAGUGUGCUUUUUGUCUUCUUCUGUCCGCAUUCUAAAUGCGUGUCAGGUCAAACAACUCUACCUCAGAACAUUUGGACUCACAGUGAUGGCUGCAAAGAUGGGAAUGAAACACAUUGCUCUGAGUGUCAGCCAUCGGCUCCCUUCGCUUUAGCUAUUGGAACCCACAACAUAACCUUGUCCUGGAAGUCUCUUGACCAAUCAGAUGUGGUGUACAUGCCACAGUGGACUGGCCCCAGCCUAUCAGGAGUCUGGACAUACAAAGAGAACACAACAGCACCACCCUUCACAGUCAACAAGCUGCAGCCCUACUCAUGGUAUAAGUUCAGGAUUUGGGUGGUGGUUUGCCAACAGCUCAUCUCCUCUCCUGAAAGCACCUUGUAUCAGACACAGCCAUAUGGAGCCCCUGCCAGCGCCCCAGUGCUUGAGAGUGUUGAGAGCGUGUCCAGUGACAGCGUGGAGCUCAGCUGGUCUCCCCCUGUCCACCCCCAAGGCCCCCUAGUGGGCUACAACAUCAACCUCACCAGCCACGAGGACACGAUCAGCAUGACCACGGGAGGAGACGUUCUCACAGCCACCAUCUUCCCUUCCACUCCAAACACAACAUACAGUGUGUCUUUAGCUGCGGUGAACAGAGAGGGGCAGGGUCCAGCAGCACAGACCACAGUCACAACACCAGAGAGAGACGAGCAAAGAGGCUACCGCUGGAUGAUAGUAUCCAGACUGAAGUCCCUCAGGAAGAAGGAGGCUGAUGACUUCUAUUUACCUGCAGACUGUCUCUCUGACGCACUCAUCGAAUUUAAUAUCACAGGUGUGUCCAUCCACCAGAGCUCUGGGCAGCUGUAUUUCUCAGAGGGAGUGCACAUCUGGUCAAAACUUGCGGGUAACCUUAGCAACCCCUCUGACCUGAGGCUACUGCACUCCUCCACCCAAGAGGUCACGGGGCUGUGUGUGGACUGGCUCAAUGAGAAACUCUACUACAUCUCUGGAGGGAAGGUGUUUCGCUGUGGUUUGGAGAACUGUUCAGAUCCAGUUCAUCUCCAGCUCUCCAGUCCAGGCUUUCCAACCAGGAUCAAAGCAGAUCCAUAUAAUGGGUGGCUCUUCUUACUGUUUCAUGAUGGGAUAUAUCGCGCUGUGUUGCCAAAGCUCGCAGGGGAGGCCAGUCUGAACACGGGUUUGGUCAUCCACAGUACCUCACUACAUGACUUUGUGGUCAGCGUCCAAAGCAGGAAGCUACUGUACUUCCAGAAGGAGAUCCAUUCCCUGUCCACUGCGUCACUGGAUGGCUCAGUGCCCGCCAUCCUGCUGUCGGACAUCAAAGUUGUGGACACUGUGCGGAGUCUGGCGUACGAGGACAGCCAAGUCAUGCUCACCGAUGGUCUACAGCUCUGGCAGCAAGUGAGUCUUGAUGGCCUGGUUAGGUUUAACCAGUACCUGAUGGACUGUGCCUUCAGCCAGCCACCUCAUGGGGGCUUUGACAACCUCCUCUACAGCAGUCCCUCGUCGCAGCCGUACCCAGUGCCCAGGAAGCCCACGGACCUGACCGCCCUCUUCGGAUCCAGGAGGGCUAAUCUCAGGUGGAGGGAGCCACAGCUAAGAAUGGGAGCGAGCCCAUCUGCGUGGCAGAACUGGACCUACACUGUCACAGCGUCCACAAGUGGUUCUGUGGUCAGAACCUACAGUAAUAUCACCACUACACAGAUGGAGGUGACCGAUCUGCAGAGCUCCCGGCGCUACACUCUCUCGUUGAGGGCCAAGUCCCCAGGAGGCCAGUCCUCAUCGGUUUUGUUUGAGGGAACCACACUGCAGAACGAGAGUAAUAUCCCAUACAUAGUUGCUGCAAGCAACAACGGCCUUUGGAAGCAAGAACUGGAUGGAUACGACUUUACCGAAUCUCUGGCUUACAAUGUUACAGCAGUGAGAGACAUGGACUGGUACAACGACAUGGUCUACUGGGUGGACGGCAGUGGACACAUCAGCUUCCUGGAGCUGAAGGACGGCAUGACUGGUCUGAACGCCACAGCAGUGCCAGGCGCAGUGAAUGCUGAGGUUGUGGCGUUUGAUUGGCUGGGCACCCACCUCUACUGGAGCUGCAACUCCACGCAGAUCUGCCGAGGACGUCCAACCUCUCCGGAGCAGGAAGUGGUGGUGCGGAGCGGCCGUGUCGUCACGGGUCUGGUGGUGGACGCCCUGCGGGCCUUUGUGUACUGGAGCUCAGAUCGGUCUGUGGAGAGCGCCAGGCUGAAUGGACAGGGCCGCGUCACCAUACAGGGGCUGGGCCUGCUCUCUGGCCAGCAGGUGGUUGGGAUGACCCUUGACCUGACUGAAGGCUCCCUCUUCUGGCUCGUGCAGGAUGGACUCAUGUUGCACCUGCACAGAACGGAUUUGCUGAAACACAGGUUCCAUGGCCCCGUCCUAGACACCCCCAGAUGGAGUUCCUCCAUGGUGUCCGGCCCUGGGCUAGCCUUCUACAGCGGCCGUCUGCUGUGGCUGGACAGGGACCAGAGGCUCUGGCUCCAGGAGCUGAACCAGACUCAGAGUGUGCUGCUGUCUCCUGCCCACACGCUGACGGCCUUCACCCUGAUACAGAGCACGCUCAAACCCCUACCAGUCUGCCGCUUUACAGCUGCCCGAACAGACCAGGACAAAAGGAACAGCAUGGAAGGUUUCUGUCCCCCAUCAAAUACUCUGACGGAGCCAGUUUUGGAGGUGAGACACUUCUCUCCAAAUACACAAUUCAGUCUGGCCAUAACUCCUUACACUUACUGGGGAAAUGGAGUCACUACCUCUACAAUCCUUCGCUCCCCUGGUACAGAGUCAUCCACAGAGAUAGAUGCCGUUGUAAUCGCCUUUGGUGUGCUGACAGGUGUUCUUCUGGUUGUGAUAAUCACUGCUGUUUUCAUUUGGCACCGGCGGAGAGCUGGCAGAAAGAGCACACUGUGUCCGGAUGAGGAACUGGAGGAGAUUAGGGGGCUGGUUGGCAUGGGGAAUGCCUGCUAUGCUGUCAGAACCCUGCCCAUCCACUGUGACAUUGGCCCACUCCCUGUGUUUCCCAGAGACCAGUUAAAACUGCAAAGGCUUCUGGGUAGUGGUGCUUUUGGGGAGGUCUAUGAGGGCAUUGCAACAGGGAUCCCUUCAGUGGACUUAAAGUUAGACACAAGGGUGGCCGUCAAGACCCUGCAGCAAGGAGCCACAGAUGAGGAAAAAACAGACUUUUUGAAAGAGGCUCAUCUGAUGAGUCAGUUUUCCCACCCCAACAUCCUGCGUCUGCUGGGCGUGUGUCUGCUGAAUGAGCCGCAGUACCUCAUCCUGGAGCUCAUGGAGGGGGGCGACCUGCGCUCCUACCUCAUGGGAGCGCGCCCCGCUCCGGACCAUGGGCCACUUCUUAAUCUGGGUGAUCUGAUGGAUAUCUGCCUGGAUGUCGCUAAGGGAUGUGCCUACUUAGAGAAAAUGCACUUUGUGCACAGGGAUCUCGCUGCACGGAACUGUUUGGUCUCUCUCCAAGGCUACACAGACCCCGAACGUGUUGUUAAGAUCGGAGACUUUGGCUUGUCCCGCGACGUCUACAAGAAGGACUAUUACAGGAAGAGAGGAGAGGGUCUGCUUCCUGUUCGCUGGAUGCCUCCGGAGAGCCUAACAGAUGGCAUGUUCAAUAAGUACUCAGAUGUAUGGGCAUUUGGGGUGCUCUUGUGGGAGGUUGUCUCAUUGGGCAAACAGCCCUAUCCUGCCCUGACCAACCUCGAGGUCAUGCACCACAUCAAUUCAGGUGGAAGACUUCCGGCUCCUGCAGACUGCCCCAAGAGCCUAUAUGCCUUAAUGUUGGCAUGUUGGUCAAAGACUCCCAGCGAUAGGCCAAACUUUCGCUGCCUGGAAGAACGAAUCAGUCAACUAAGACAGUUGGGGGAUCAGCUUAGAGAAGAACAAGAUGGGUCAAAAGGAAUAGUGAAUUAUGGUUUCCAGGAUGAUGAAGAGUGCAAAGGUGUGGAUAAAGAUGAGAGCCCAGGGGAUGGCCUUACCCAAGUGGUCAGCGCAGAGGGACUUAACUACCUCAUGUUCACUGCUAAUGACAGAGAAUCUGAGCCAGCGUCACCGUCUGGUGGCCAAGAGACACCUAACUAUCCUCUGCCAAGCACCAGUGGUGGUGAGGCGGCCAUGACUACACCACAAGACACAACAGAAAGCAAAGAUGAGGAGGCAAUAAAGUACCUGGUGCUCAGUGCCAAAGACUUAAUGGAAACCAGCAUCCAGACCCUUUCAGUUGAAGACAGUUCUGGGGAAGGGCCAUGUCUCACAGCUGACAGCAGUGGCACAGAGAAAGCCAUCACUGAACAUUCUUCACCCAGAAAUGAAGGAGUAGACUACGGGUUCCUGAUGUUUAGUGCUACAGAAACUCAAACCACAGAUGAAAACCCAUCCAAAACCACACAUUUCAAGGCAGAUCAUGACUGACUAUGUGGCCACAGAUCACUUGUUUAAAACUGUAUUUAUUUGCUACAGUAGCCUAAAUACUGUAUCAUAUGACUUCUGGGAAAAUAUGUUUAUAUGUUUAAUUUUGUAUAUUUAAUAUGCUUUAUUUUCCUUCAGAGACCUAAAGAGCUACCUAAAGAGAUUGUAGCCCAGUGGUUCUCAACUGGUGUGCUGAGGCAAAGUGAGGUAUGUCGUGGAAUUUUAAGGAAACUAAUGCACUUUUGUACAGGCUCAUGAAAUAGGCCAGGGGUAGAAUUUUGAGGAAACUAAUGCACUUUUGUACAGGCUUAUGAAAUAGGCUAGGGGCUAUUUUUAAAUUGACACAGUUUCUUUAUCAAAACGGUUUUAGGUAGUCAUAGCCAAUAGGCUACCGAUCUUUCACCGCAGCUCAUCAUCAUGUGAACAUAUGCCAAUCAUUUCCCAAGCUUUUUUGGUAGGUGACCCUAUUUUGAUGUCACAAAACAUUAGCGACUCCAAUCAUUCACAUGUUGAGAGAGAGAGUGCAACCCAUCUCUGCUGUAACAUCCAGACGAGAGCAGUUCUUCAAUUUCCCCCAAAUUUUCUUUGCAAGCCUGGUUGUUUUGCUACAUUGUUUCGAAAAUUGAUCAAGCAUAAUUCCAUCAAACAUCUCAUGCAGGCUGUCUAAGUUUAUUUUUACUUAGAUUAUAAUGAAGGAUCCAUUACUUAACUUGGAUCAUGGGGUUUUUAAUAUUUUUUUUAUUUAUUGUAUGUAUAUUAUUAUGUAACGUACUGUAGUCAAUUGUAAGAUACCCAGUAUCUCGGCGACCCCGUUUGAAUUUCAGGCCCACAUGGGGUCCCGACCAACGGUGCGUUUCCCAAAACCAUACUUGCUAACCUGUUAGCAACUUAGUUGGCUGGCAAUGGGAAAUUGCAUUGCAACCAACAAAGUUGCUAACUAAGUUAGCAACUAUGGUUUUGGGAAACACACCCCAAGUUUGGUAAAUGAUGCAUUAGCCCAUGAACACUCUGCAUGGAAAAAAUCUGGACAUAAUGAACACCCCUGUUAGCCAAUAAUAAUGUCUGAUGUGUGUAAUAAUGUGUGUGGCCUAUGCUGACCUUUUGGCAUUGGUUCAAAAGAAAAAAGUCAUCAGGCCAAUUAAUUGCCAUUAGACAAGGUUUUUCUUUAAUUCUGUGUUUUCGACAAUUAAUCUAAUACAGCGGCCAUAAUUUUACCUUUAUUCUUCAUUUGAUUUGGGUCUUGGGGAUUUGGGAUUUCUUUCACAAAUUUAGCUACUUUAAAACUGAACUGUGUAUGGUCCAUUGGAAGAAUGAAUUCAACCUUUUGUGCAAGGUUUGUAAAAGAUAAAAGAGCCUUGACCUAAUCUCUUUAUUAACUAAAUUUGAGCUGAGGUCCAGACCUGCUCUCUGUCUUUUUUCUUUUGCUCAACCAUUGUAAAUGUGUUUAUGUGUGAAAAAAGUGCCAUGCUUGUUCAUGGUUAUCAAUAAAAUAAAAUAAAAACUCUUUAAAAAACAA